AUGAGUGCAAUUCUCGCUCGACGGAAAAAAGCUAGUGACACUCCAGUGGUCAAGAAGGAAGAAACAAGCAGCGCUGAUUCUGUGAACAGUGACUCCAGAGCUGCAGACAAACCAGACGUGGUGAAGAAGCCCUGGGAGAAACCGUCGUCUGUGUCACGGGUGAAUUCAGCGCCUAAGAGUCAGGACAAGAGCCCGGUGUCUCCUGCGACUGCGGCUCCGUUGAGCAGGACGAGGCCCGGCAGCAGCACAGGAGACGCCGCAGACAUGGAGAAACUCAAACAGGACAUCCUGGAGGAGAUGCGCAAGGAGCUGCAGAAGGUGAAGGACGAGAUCAUCAGCGCUCUGCUGGAGGAGCUGCAGAAGAUCAAUGCGGCGUAGCUGCGCAUCAGGAAGAUCUGCGCAAACGUCUGCGCAGAGCCACGAACACAAGACGCUUCCCUCUCACGCUUCAAGAUGCAAGAAACUCACUCCUGCCCUCGACACCCUUGUCGUUUUACACCCGCUGCCUUUCACUUCUCUUUUUCUGUGAAUAUUAAUGAUGUCUUUUAAUGUGUUUCUGAUCCGCUGCUGUGUCGAGCGUUCAUUCUGUCUCUUGCAUUUGUGUUUUAAUCUUAUCUGGUUACAUGUAGCGCUCUUACAUGCAUCUAGAAACGUGUGACUAGUUGUUUACGUCUGUAAUGAUCAGAAUGCGUGGGAUUCUGUGUAAUUGCAGGUUAUUUAUCUUGCACUGUUAUGUAAACCGUGUUUGACCGGCAGGGGUUAGCGGGUCAGUGGAAACGUGAAAAUACAUCAAAUAUGAA